AUGACGGACCAGCAAGUCACUAAUGACGGCUUGGGGAAACCCUUGACCCUCCCGCAGUCUCUCCUUACGAAAGCGGCAGCAGUUACUCAGGACUUUAAGCCUCUGAAAAGUGUGUGUGCUCAUCUAAACGCUUUCCACGGCUACGCCGACAACCCACAGCGGGCAGUAGAGACAAAUCAUUAUUGCGGUCAUGUCAACAAUGAUGUCCGGCAGUGCCUUCUUUACGACUCUGCGGAGAGCGACGCGCGACUCAUUGGCAUUGAAUACAUGAUCACACCAGAACUCUUCGAUGCUCUAUCUCCUGAGGAACAAAAGCUUUGGCACUCGCACGUCUACGAAGUCAAGUCUGGCAUGUUAGUCAUGCCUAAUCCUCUUGUUACUGAGGCUGUCUGGGCUCGGGCCGAACAUAAAGAGAUGGAGAAUGUGGUCCGGCUUUACGGCAAGGCCUACCACCUAUGGCAGACAGACCUGGGCCAUAAAUUGCCGAUAGGCGAGCCAAAGUUGAUGGCGAGCUUUACAACCGAUGGCCAGUUGGAUUUCAGCAAAGUCGAAGAGAGAGACAAGAGGUUUGGAGUCAGCUACGAGGCAAACAAAACACAGCGACAGGACAUCCCGGAGCCAAAGAUCCAUCCAAAUUCCGACAGCGCGUGGAAAGACAGUGGGAAAGAUGGUGAUUGGUUAACCAAUUAA